CCUUUAUAUAUUUCAUAUAAAGGCCAACAGGCCACAUGCUAUUUAUUAGUUUAAUUAUCAGGUUUUGCUACGUGACUAUACCUAACUUACUUUUUUUAUCAAGUAAUACCCAGUGCUACAGAUACCUAUUUACGAAAUGUACAACAUAGUUUACGUUUAUAUGUUAUAGUAUGUGACGCAAUAAAUAAAUUUAUAUAAAGGCUGAGUGCAGUAUGUACGUGUUUAUUUUCAAAAACCAAAUAUGGCUGUACUUGCCUGUUUUCUUGCGAUUGUCUUUAUUUGUGGGGAAUCGCAAGCAUACGUGGGGCGUGUAGUAUGGGUACCAACCUCUACCCCAUCAUAUCCACCUGUGUCACAAUGUGAAUCUGAGUCCUGUCGCACCGCCAUCGAGGAGCUCGGAGCGUUGGUACAGAUCCUCAAAGCUCUAGAUGACGACACCCCUGCUAAUGGAGGACUUAGUGAAGAAGUUAUCAUGAAAUUGGUGAAUGCUUUAAUAUUCACAGCUACCCAAUCUUGCAGAGGAAAUAAUGGUCCAAACUAUCCCGGUUGGGACAUCAUUGGCGGGACCUGGGGUGGUCAUGGCGGUGGUAAUGGUGGUGGAAUCAUAGGUGGAACAGGAAGCAUCGGCGGCAACAUUGGAGGUAGUGGUAGUAUAGGGGCUGCAGGUAGCAUAGCCGGUGCUGGUGCUGUUGGAAUAGCAGGCAAUAUUGCGGGUGGGAUAGAUGUGUCAGCAGGGAUUGCGGGGUCUGGUAGUUUAGUGGGAGGUGGUGGCAUUGCAGGAAGUGGAUCUAUAGGAGCCGUUGGUGGCAUUGCAGGAAGUGGAUCUAUAGGAGGCGCUGGUGGCAUUGCAGGAAGUGGAUCUAUAGGAGGCGCUGGUGGCAUUGCAGGAAGUGGAUCUAUAGGGGGCGCUGGUGGCAUUACAGGAAGUGGAUCUAUAGGAGGCGCUGGUGGCAUUGCAGGAAGUGGAUCUAUAGGAGGCGCUGGUGGCAUUGCAGGGAGUGGAUCCAUAGGAGCCCUUGGUGGCAUUGCAGGAAGUGGCUCUAUAGGAGGUGCUGGUGGCAUUGCAGGAAGUGGAACUAUAGGGGGCGUUGGAAGCUUAAGCGGCUCAGGUAUUUUAGGAGCCGCCGGCAGUAUCGCCGGAUCAGGAGCGUUGGGUGCCACUGGCGGUAUCGAUGCAUCUGGAGUCUUACAAGGAGGGGCCGGCAUAGCGGGAGGUUUAUCUGGAGCUGGGGGAGUGGCUGGAGCAUUAGGGGCCGCUGGUAGUAUAGGAGGCUCAGGAGCUUUGGGCGCAGCUGGUGGUAUAAGUGGAUCAGGAGGUAUACUAGGUGCCGCCGACGUACUCGGCGGUUUAGUAGGCGCUGGUGCUGCAGAUGUGGCAGGAGUAUUGGGGGCUGCUGGUGGUAUAGGAGGAUCAGGGAUAUUAGGGGGUGACUUAGCGGGAGCUGGAGUGUUAGGAGGCGCUGGUACUUUAACGGGAUCAGGAGUAGUUGGAGGUGGAGCUGGGGGAGGCUUAUCUGGUGCUACGAGUGCAGUUGGUUCAGGAGCUGUAGCAGGUGCUGCUGGAGUUGCGGGAUCAGGAAUUACAGGCGCGACAGGAGGUUCUGGCAGUGUGGCUGGGUCAGGAGCAUUAGGAGCGGCCGACGCCAUAGGAGGCAGUGUUGCAGGAGCUGUUGAAGGUGCGACUGGGUCUAGUUCUUCAAAUGGGGAUGUUGGAAGCCAAACAGCAACUGGAGCUGCAGAGUCAUCGAGUGCCACAGGAACUGCAGGACAAAUCGUUGAUUCUCACGUUGUAAAAAGUGUGACUACAGUCACCGAUACAAGUGCUACAAAUAACGUCGCUGCUGCUACACAGUCUGCUGGCGCAAUAACCGGGGCAGCAACUACCGCAACAUAAACAUAAAAAGUAUUACUUAUAUAAGCACAUAAAUGAACCCCGUUAUUUAACACCUAAACAGUGUAUUUUAUUAAAAAUUAUAGAUUUAUGCCAUUUUGUUACUUUAAUAAAAAUAAUAUAAAAUUUUG